UCAAAACAGAAAACCCUUCAGCUUCAAUCACAAGCAACCCAAAUAUGCAACACACCAAGACCGAUUCCGACGCCACCAGUCUCACGGCGUCAUCGCCACCGCGUUCACCACCACGCCGCCCGGUCUACUACGUUCAAAGCCCAACACAUGAUGACGAAAAGCACAUCACCACCAUCUCCUACCACUCAACCCCCGCUCUCCUCAGCCCCACCGCAUCUCCGCCCCGAUCCUACGCCGGCCACCACUCCCGCGAGUCCUCUACCACCCGCUUCUCCGGCAAAGUCUCUUCAAACGACGUCGCUUUGAAAAGGUUUGCCAAACCGUGGGAUACACAGUUUAACUCUAUUGAAGAAGAAGCGUUACUUGAUGAUGAUGUGUCUGAAAAAAGAAUACCCCGAAGAUGUUAUGUUUUGGGGUUUGUUGUGUGUUUCUUGGUUUUGUUCUUUGUGUUUGCGGGUAUUUUGUAUGGGGCGGCUAAGCCGCAAAAGCCUAAGUUGACUCUAACGAGUAUUGCGUUUGAGAGAUUUAUGGUUCAGGCUGGGUCGGAUUCUACUGGAGUUGCUACGGAUAUGGUGUCGAUGAACUCCACCGUUAAAUUUGUGUUUCGUAAUACGGCUACGUUCUUUGGUCUCCACGUCACAUCUACACCGCUUGAACUUUCGUUUUCUCAGAUUGCUGUUGGUUCUGGCACCAUGAAAAAGUUUUAUCAAUCGAGAAAGAGUCAGCGGUUGGUGACGGUAUCAGUGAUCGGGGACAAGAUACCGAUGUACGGAAGCGGGCAGUUACUGAAGAGCUCGAAGGGGAUACCGACGGCGCCAGUGCCAUUGAAACUGAGUUUUGUGGUUCGAUCGAGAGGAUACGUUUUGGGAAAAUUGGUUAAACCGAAAUUCUUUGAUCGGGUUGAGUGUUCAGUUGCUUUCGAUCCGAAAAAGAUCAAUGUUCCAAUGGCACUUAAAAAUAAUUGCAAAUUUUUGUGAUGGAUUUUUAUCUCCUUUCUUUUUUUGUUCUUUGAGGCAGGGGAGUGGGAUACAGCUAAGUAUGUAACUUUUAUACAUUUUAAUUUUUUUAUAUGUAAAUUGAACGAGUAAACGCUUAAAGUAUAUACAAUUUCAGAGAAAAA